CCGCCCCCGGGGUGGAGAUCUGGAGCAGCUCGGACAAGGAGCGGCUGCAGAACCUCGGCCACCAGCCGGAUAAGAGUGAUCAUCUUCUUAUUAAAGGAGGCAGAAUAGUCAAUGAUGACCAGUCGUUCUAUGCUGACAUUUACAUGGAGGAUGGUCUCAUAAAGCAAAUUGGAGACAAUCUAAUCGUCCCUGGAGGAGUUAAAACCAUAGAAGCCAAUGGGAAGAUGGUGAUCCCUGGAGGAAUCGAUGUCCACACUCACUUGCAGAUGCCAUACAAGGGGAUGACCGCAGUGGAUGACUUCUUCCAGGGAACUAAAGCAGCCCUGGCUGGCGGAACCACCAUGAUCAUUGACCAUGUGAUCCCUGACCCAGAGGCCAGCCUGACAGAAGCGUAUGAGAAGUGGCGAGAGUGGGCCGAUGGGAAGACCUGCUGUGACUAUUCCCUGCAUGUGGACAUCAUCCACUGGAACGACAGUGUCAAACAGGAAGUACAGAUGCUCAUCAAAGAAAAAGGAGUUAACUCCUUCAUGGUUUACAUGGCCUACAAGGAUUUGUACCAGAUGUCAAACACAGAGCUGUAUGAGAUAUUUAGCUGCCUGGGAGAUCUAGGUGCAAUAGCUCAAGUUCAUGCCGAAAAUGGGGAUAUCAUUGAACAGGAACAAACCAGGAUGCUGGAGAUGGGAAUAACUGGCCCAGAGGGCCAUGUGCUGAGUAGACCAGAGGAGCUGGAGGCAGAAGCCGUCUUCCGCGCCAUCACCACUGCUAGCCAGACCAACUGCCCUCUGAUGAGCAAGAGUGCUGCUGACAUCAUCUCGCAAGCCAGGAAAAAAAGGAAUGUGGUGUUUGGUGAGCCUAUCACAGCCAGUCUUGGCACGGAUGGGACACACUAUUGGAGCAAGAAUUGGGCCAAGGCUGCUGCGUUUGUGACCUCUCCACCUUUGAGUCCAGACCCAACAAUCCCCGACUACAUCAACUCCUUACUGGCCAGUGGCGACCUGCAGCUUUCGGGGAGUGCUCACUGCACAUUCAGCACUGCACAGAAGGCGAUUGGGAAGGACAACUUCACAGGAAUCCCGGAAGGGACCAAUGGCAUCGAGGAGCGGAUGUCCGUCAUCUGGGACAAGGCAGUGGCCACAGGGAAGAUGGACGAAAACCAGUUUGUGGCAGUGACGAGCACCAAUGCUGACAAAAUCUUCAACAUGUAUCCACGGAAAGGGAGAAUAGCGGUGGGGUCGGACAGCGACCUGGUCAUAUGGGAUCCUGAUGCAGUGAAGAUUGUCUCAGCUAAAAGCCACCAGUCGGCAGCUGAAUACAACAUCUUUGAAGGAAUGGAGUUGCGUGGGGCUCCGCUGGUCGUCAUAUGCCAGGGGAAGAUCAUGCUGGAGGAUGGCAACCUGCAUGUGACACAGGGAGCUGGGCGCUUCAUUCCCUGCAGUCCUUUCCCAGACUAUGUCUACAAGCGCAUUAAAGCCAGGAGGAAGAUGGCCGAGAUGCACGCCGUGCCCAGAGGAAUGUAUGACGGGCCUGUGUUCGAUUUGACAGCCACGCCUAAAGGCGGUACUCCUGCAGGCUCUACCAGGGGAUCCCCCACCCGGCAGACGCCUCCCGUCAGGAAUCUCCAUCAAUCUGGAUUCAGCCUGUCAGGUACCCAGGUCGACGAAGGUGUUCGUUCAGCAAGCAAGCGCAUUGUAGCGCCCCCUGGAGGACGCUCCAAUAUAACCUCCCUGAGUUAAGCACCCAAGCGGGGAAGGAAACACCAAUAUUCAAGGGGGAAAAUGGUACAUUGGUAUUUAAGAAGGAAAAGCAAUUUAAAACCGUUCAGAGCUGAAGAAUCAAUAAGCCUCAAGCCUUAUGUUUCACAAACGCUAUUUGCUACCUAGCUUUUAAAAUAUUGCUUUGGUUUCUGUUUAUGCAUAGCCUUAAUUUUUUUCUUUUUCAUUUUUACAUGCAUGCAGAUCUGACAGGUCACUAAGUUAAGAGUCUGUAAUAUACGUGUUGAGUGCUUGUGUGAUGCCGCAUCGUAAGGAGGGGGCGGAGAAAGCUGGGAUGACCGUGGCAUGAACGAACUAGCUAGGCAGGUUAUUCAGAAGGAAUCGGCGGGAGGGUGGGGUGGAAGGGUUGUGGGGAGGGAUCGUGGGAGGUGGAUAGGGGUAAGGUGGGUCUGUGUGUUGUGUCAAUGUUCAUCUGUUUCCACUCAAUGCUGGUCAGACAUGGCUGCCUCCGUCUUGUGUUGUGAGGCCCAUCGGGAAGCUCAGAGUCAUCUCUGUAACAGCUCUGUUAUAUCGCCUCAUGUAAGACUUUAUUACUUUGUACAUUUUAUUAAAAAACACAAAGCAACUGUUCCUUCCAAACAAAAAAACAAAACAAAAAAAACA